AUGUCCGAACGCGACUCAGAGACCUCUUCCACCUCCUCGGUGAACCAAGCUAGCCCUCCUACCUCUCCCAGACCCGCACAAACUCACAGUCGCAUGUCAAGUCAACAUGUACCACUCAUCCCAAGUCGACUGCGAGAUUCCAUGAUCCUGUCUCCGGAGGACCGAAUGGCAAGAUCAAAAUCGUCAGAAGAGAUAGACCAGGGCCCUAGAUUGACUCUAUCCCCACCAGCACUAGAGCCAGAGACCGCACACCCUACCAUUGUAGAACCCGAACCAGAUUUGUUGUUAGACAGCAGAAAUGGUCAGGUUCGAGGCCAAAUUGACGAGCCAAGUUCACAUGAAGUCAAUGCCAGAACUAGCCUACUAGGAAACUACCACCACAAUCACCGUGUCUGUGGGCGCAAGAAUUGCAAUCAUGGCACGUUCUCCCCGAGUGCCCCUUCAUUCAGAAGUGCCCGAAGUAGCAUCGACAGUUCCAUUCAAUUUGGUGGUCGAUACCCUGGUGCUAUCGGCGAGGACGGAGGUCCAAGAGAUCAAACCCACGGUAUUUUGGGAGAUAGUAUAGCCGACUCUCUACCAGGCAGCAAAAGCAUGAGCACAACUAACUGGUUGGCUAAGAGACAUGGCAUCAGCAGCCCAAGAUUCAUGUAUUUCUCCUACUAUUUCCCAUUCGUCAAGUGGGUUCGACAAUACCGGUGGGCGUGGUUUCAGGGCGAUCUUAUUGCAGCCCUCACAAUGGCCUCCUUCUACAUUCCAAUGUCUUUGUCUUAUGCUUCGAAUUUGUCGCAUGUUCCAGCCAUCAAUGGCUUAUAUUCCUUUGUCUUCAACCCCCUGAUUUAUGCCUUUUUGGGCACUUGUCCACAAAUGGUUGUUGGUCCAGAAGCCGCCGGGUCUCUCCUUGUUGGGUCAGUGGUAAGAUCCUCGAUCGAUCGAGGCAAUUCUGGAGAUGACAACGACGUGAUCAAUGCUCAGAUUGCAGGAGUCGUUACUGCCACUGCAGGGGCUGUCAUUUUUGUGGCUGGGUUAAGUCGUCUCGGCUUUCUCGACAGCGUUUUGAGUCGACCUUUUCUUCGAGGCUUUAUUAGCGCCAUUGGAUUUGUUAUCUUUGUUGAUCAAUUGAUCCCGGAACUGGGCCUUACUGAGGUCGCCAGAGAGACUGGAGCUUCACACGGUAGCAGUGCACAAAAGGUGGUCUUCCUGGUGAGAAAUAUUGGAAAAUCACAUGGACUCACACUGGCCGUUUCUCUCACAAGUUUUGUCAUUAUCAUGCUCUUCCGGACGCUCAAGCGCAAGCUCCAGCCAAGGUUCCCUUCAGUCGCUUAUUUCCCUGACCGCUUUCUCGUUGUUGCGUUAUCUGCAGUUCUCACUUGGGCUUAUGGGUGGGACAAGCAAGGCCUGGAUGUACUCGGGAAAGUCGAGUCUGCCACAGGAUCUAAAGCCAUUCCUUUUCACUGGCCUUUUCAAUUUUCACACAUGAAGCACAUCGACUCUGCUCUAAGCACUUCGUUCUUGAUUGCAUUACUAGGAUUUUUUGAGUCGUCCGUGGCAGCGAAAAGUUUAGGGGAAGGCACACAUGGGCUGCAAGGCAUGACCCUGAGCGCCAACCGAGAAUUGAUCGCUUUGGGAACCGCCAACAUGGUGGGAGGCUGCUUCAUGGCUCUGCCUGGCUUUGGUGGCUAUGGCAGGAGCAAGGUCAAUGCUUCGACUGGUGGAACCACUCCUAUGAGUAGCAUCCUACUCAGCUUGAUUACACUUUUCUGCGUGUUUUUCGUGGUCCCCUAUUUCUAUUACUUACCAAAAGGAGUACUUUCGGCCAUGAUAUCGGUGGUUGCAUAUUCGCUCAUUGAAGAAUGUCCUCAUGAUAUCAAAUUCUUCUCCAAAAUCAGGGGUUGGACAGAGUUGUGCUUGAUGUCUGCUAUCUUUUUAGCAACUGUCUUUUAUUCCCUGUCGACCGGAAUCGCAUUGGGCAUUGGAUUGUCCUUACUAUCGCUCAUUCGCCAUGCUACGAAACCUCGGAUACAGAUUCUGGGACGUUUGCCAGGAACCGAUCGAUUCGAAAAUGCUGAGAAUUCUCCGGAGAACAUCGAAUAUAUUGAGGGCUGCCUGAUCGUCAAGAUCCCUGAGCCUCUGACGUUCGCCAACACUGGCGAGCUGAAGAACCGACUUCGACGACUCGAACAGUACGGCACCAACGCCGCACACCCAUCUCUCCCCCGAGUCCGACACGAGGACAACAACAAGAACGUCAUCUUCGACGUUCACGGCGUCACCAAGAUUGACGGUUCUGGCACUCAAGUCUUUACGGAGAUAGUGGAGGCGUACGUCAAACGGGGCACGAGAGUCUUCUUCUGCCGGCUCCCUCAUCGACGGAGCAAAGUGUUUCAGAGCUUUGAGCGAAGCGGCAUCGUCGAGCUCUGCGGUGGGAAAACGCACUUCGUGGGCAGUGUGGAGGAAGCGUUGCGCCUGUCGGAAGCGGAGGAUCUAGAAAGAUAUUUUGACGAGCGGUUGGCCGGUCAUGAAAGGGAUACGCAAUGGUGA